AUGGCUUCGCAGCGAUCGAAUCAGUUCAUUGAAGAGUACGCGGGUCCAGUCAGCCUGUACGCCUACCUGGCGCAGCGAUGGAAGGUUUGUCCCAUCUUUCUUCGGAGGAACCUAUCCUACAAGAGGAAGCACGAGGACGCCGAGAAGAAGAGGGGGGACCGGGGACUGGCAGUGAGCAAGGACAAGCAGGGUUCAAACUUGUCGGAUAGCCCGACACACCAGACAGCCCACACGGACCCGGGGGAGAACAAGGAAGUGCAGGAGUCGGUCAACCUGCGGAGAUUUAUCAGCUCCUCGAGGAAGAGUCACCUGACGUUCCGGCUGAGAUUCAACGAGGGUUCACAGGAGAGGUAA